CUUAAUUGUCUGUUAGUGCCUUUGAGCGCAACACAGAAAUGGAUGAGACAGACAAUCCCAUAAGAUUUGAGCCAAAAUCGCUCUCGAUUAAAAUAGUCAUCGGUAUUCUCGUCUUGCUGGUUGGAGCUGCAGUUUUCAUGGAAUUAGAGCGAACUAAAGGUGACCCAACUCCAGAAAAAUCCGACGCGACUAAACUAAAAGAAAGCUUAGCAGAAAAAUACAAUAUCAGUGUAACCGAUUUGAGACAACUCGAGACCGCCAUCGGACAAGAGGCGGCCGAAAAGGAAGACGCCAAAGGGCUAAAUCGCUGGACUUACGGCAAAUCUGUGUUCUUUGCAUUCACGAUUAUGACAACGAUUGGCUAUGGUCACAUGUCCCCACAAACAUGGCAAGGCCAGUUAUUCUGUAUCUUCUACAGUCUCAUAGCCAUACCAGUCGCUGGCAUCAUGUUACUCAGCGUUGGAAACCACGUGAGCUUGGCCAUUCGGGUCUUCAUCCGCUUCUUGGAGAGAACUUGCCUCAGUAGUGUAAGAUCGGGGAGUGCAGAAUUCAAAAGCUUCUUUGUCACUUUCCUGCUCAUGGUACUAAUGAUCUUUUUUGGCGCCAUUCUGACGUCACAUACAGAUGGCUGGACGUUCAUCGAAGGAUGUUAUUUCACAUUCAUCAGUGUGUCUACCAUCGGGUUUGGAGAUUAUGUUGUCAAUGACGGUGAGCUUAAAUCCACAAACCACGCAAAGACGUUUGCGGUUAAUUUUACAAUUGUAUUGAUCACCGUGGGACUGUGUGUUGUUUCCAGUGUCCUUUGCUCGGUCAGUGCUAUCAUCGAAGAGAGGCAAAAGCGAAUGCGAAUGCAGUUGCCUGAUUCAGCGACCAAUGCCUUGAACGCCGCUAAUUUAGCCUUGAAUACGGUCACAAGUAAUCUUCCGUUGAGGCUAUCGACCAGGGCUAAAAACGCGGUGGAUAGUGCUGUUGUUGAAACAAGGAAAGGAGAAAUAUAAGUCAUAAGCCAUACAGUUGCUCCGUUCCCGUCGCCAACUUUAGAGAAUACAGGAGGAUAGAAAGGCAAUGCUAACAGUUUCUCUGGCGCAGAAUUACCUGUUUUCAUAAAUAUCACAAAAUGAAGGUUUCCUGCUCGAAUGACCGCUGGUGCUCCAGCAAUUUGACUAAAAAUGUAGUUACAAAGUCAGCUGGUCAUUGGAAUCAUCUGUGCUGCUGACACUAAAGCAAAUGACAACUUUGUCUUGCACACAAAGUGAAUAACAGAAAGAUAUCAAAAUGAUAAUAAAAAGGAAAGGGAAAGGUAGAAGAGAAAGUAUUGAUAGAAGAAAUUGAUUUAAAGUUAGUUCGUUUGCAGCUCAGUUAAAAAGCUAAAUUAAGUUUAUCAUGGAGAUUCGAUAAAGGGGCUCAUUCAGCUCUCUCACAUGUUUCAUACUGUUAUUCAGUGUAAAUGGCGUCCAAAUAAUAGGGCAGGCAUCAUGUGGGCUGUGGGUUAAGAGCUUAAGCCUCUUAGACUAUGCCAGGCUUCUUGCAAAUUUUAAACUAACACAUUUUUCGACAAUCGUCAGGAAAAAAUAUAUCAUCUUAAUUAAUCAAAGAAUGUCCCUGAACAUGAUCUUUCUCGCCUAAGCCGUGUUGCUCAGUACUUCAUGAUGUUCCUUAUUCUUGCAAACUUCUUUAACCGGUUCCUGAUCGCGCUUCCUGUAGUUUGUGUAGUUUUGGGGAUUCCUGUGGUUCCUGAGGUAUCCGUGGUUGUUGCUCUUGAAUUCCCAAUUCCAUGUUGCAGUUGGUGAGCUUCACUGUGCGUUUCUUCGGCAACCAUUAUAUGUCCUUACUUUUGCGUUGAUUUUGUACUCUCACUCGCAAAUUCUUAGUUUGAGCAGUCUACGUUUUUUGUUAUUUUGUGCUACAGUUCACCGCGUAAUCAAAGGAAUUUCAUGAGAGAUGCCUUUAUAACAGAAUACGGAAACUACACUGAGUAAGAAGAAUACUUAUUAGUAAACGUCGUGUCCACAGGAACCAGUAAAUGCUAAGAACAUGAAGACCUUUAAAACGUCAACAAGACAAAAACGACAAAAAAGACAAAAGACCUGUUUAUGUGAUCAUAUUGAGGGGCUGUUUAAUUCACUAGACAAGUAUAUUCAACACUUUUUAAAUCCUUUUUGCAAUAUAUUUACAUAAAGCAAGUUUAUGUUCGUGGCAGUGAUGAUCAAACCGCCAAUAUAACCGAUUUUCCAUCUUUCUUUACAACCAACACAGCAAUCCUUUGUACAAUGAUGCGUAUCAGAAUGGUUCAUGGUCAUAAGGUAUCUGCAUGUAAAAACACCGAGACUAUCUUCUUUAGUACACAAAAGGAAAGCUAUUCACUCCAUCGUACAUAAAAUUUAUACGCAACAUAAAUUUUUGAUACAGUUAGCUCUCUCGUUUUCUUGUCUUUUGUCAGUAUCAGCGGUAUUGUUUAUGUUUAAGGACUCUGAGAAACGAAACCAUGAAAGCAAUGCUCAGCAUGACAUUCUUAAACAAAUAAACUGAUCGCUAACGCUCCACUGUUAAGCGUUAUCCACUCCGCAUUACGAAGGAAGAAUAAUUAGUAUAACGACAAAUAUUGAGUCAGAACAAUGCGGCGCCUUUCUCGUAAAGACAAACCCGCUUUCGUUACUUAAUUACCCUCCUUUCAGAAGUCAUGAAUUCACUCUACAUUUCUUACAAGUCUCCGAAUACAAUGGCUUAGAAUUGAACACAAUAUAACUCGACCUCCUUUCCAUAUUCCAUUGUGUCAGAGAAAUACAUCAUUCUCUUCGAUGAUUUUAAGAACAAGAAAAACCUCACUGAUUUGUGACCUUUUUUUGGUAAAGGAUUUGUUAUCCAAGGUCGGUAGUUUAGAAAAAAGAACUCAUCUUAGACUCGGUCUCUUUGAGGUAGGUGACUUGUGUAAAUUAGUGUGAAACCAAUAUAGA